UGGUUUCCUGCUCCCACCACAGGCUGGACUCUUGCUGAGUCAGUAAGGAUCCAAAAGGAGAUACCAUGUGAAAUUGUGUGAUGCUGCUAUGCAAGCAGUUCCUUGGUUGGAGAUGUGGAGAGCACCUUCCUCAGCUUCCUCAGCUCUUCAGCAGGUUGCAUGCAGUUGAGCUCUGUAGUUCACUUUCUUGGCAGGUGUUAUUACACCUAUUUUUUUAGCUAGAUAAACCAAAACAUUUGUCCCAAAUAACUCUAUGAAUAAAUAAAGCUAAAAAAAUGGUGUCCCUGCCCACGGCAGAGGGGUUGAAACCUGGUGAUCUUUAAGGUCCCUUCCAACCUAAACUGUUCUAUGAUUCAAUAUGGGCAGUCCUCCUCUUGCAGCAACAUCAAGACUACCUGUAAAACCCAGGGCAUUCAUAGUGCUCAACUACUCUGUAAGCUCUGGGCAGUAGGAAGCCACAAACUCCUUUCAAUGAACAGUGGAAAAUUCAUUCCCAGAUGAGAAUUCCACAUAAAGCAUGUCACAAAACAGGGCCCUUCUAAGCCGUAUUUUUCUGUGUAGAAGUAAUGACAAAAUGUCAGCUCUCUGCACAGUGACUCAUCCCCAGAGCAUCAUGUGCCCUUGUAAAGAUAGGUGUUCAAAGCCUGUCUUAAAACCUAACCUAUAGCACAGCAAAUGCCAGCUGGUAACCAGCUCUUGAAUCUCACUUCAGUUUCCACAUCCCCCUGCCCAUCAACACAAUGAAACACCAAGUGUUUGUUCUAAUGUUAAACACCAGCUAUGAUUUUUAAAUACCUUUAGGUCAUACCUACAAUUAGGAAAACAGUGACUCAAAUCCAGAAGUGCCCCUUCUUGUUGGACUCUGAGUAUCCCAAGGUGAAAUAAAGGGUGAGUUAGAUUUGUUAUAGCUUUUUUCUCUUUUUUUUUGGUCAACUAUUCAGUGUUGCUCUUCAUUAUUUUUUCUAUCCUUUUGAAAGCUUUAAAGCCUUCCUCCAUAACUGCCUCUGCUCCAUUCACUGCUGAGUGGACGGUGCGCUGAUCUUUUUCUCGGUGGGUAAUGGAUUUGGUUUGAUUGCUUGACACAGGAACAAUAGAGGGAUAAACAAUUGCAUUCGCGCCCAUGCAGCUCCCCAUCUGUUGAGCGUGUGCGCCUUCAGAGGGAGCCAGUCAGGGACAGAUGAACACGCCAGCCGAGCCUGAUGUUAAUGACAUCAGUCAUACAAGCAGAACAUGUGGCGCAAUAAAUCAAAACCUAAUUGAACUUUUGCUUGAUUACAUUGCCGUCCCACUGCCCGUUUCAAACAUGGUGCUGUUUCCUGGGACAAUACCCCCGACCGUGCAGUGGUUUUGCUGCCUAUGGGAGGUAACAAGUGGUAUCAGCUUCUCUUCAUUCGUUUCUUUCUUGAAACAGUGAUGCCUUCCACUUGAAUAAAAUGCUUCCAUGCUCAGGAUGUGUUAUUUGACCAAUAUUUAUAUUUCAAAUAAGAAACAUUACAUGGAUAAGACAGUGACAGCACAUGUUUGCUGGCACUUUCCAUCUAGGACUGUUGGUGGCAGACGUCUAUAGGAGAAGACAGCACUAGUUUUUGUGUUAAUUAACACACACGUGCUAGUAAUGAAGGCUAUUCAUUAGACUGAUAUAAUUUAAUAUCAUUAUUCACACUUGAAAGUGUUUCUGCCACAUCAGCUGCUGGAGCCCAUGAGCCAGUAUUUUCUAUCCUAGGUGUCCAUGGCAGCAGUGAGUCACCAGAAGUUGGGGGGGCUGAUUGUCAUAAAUGGGGAAAAGAACAGUUUCUGAUGGGAGCAUUAAGGAAUUAAAAGCUUUGGCAACAAGACCCUUUAUUGAAGUGCAUAAAUAUGGACUUAGACCCCAGAACCUAAGUCAUGUAGGAACCCAUCUAUGACUGAGCCACCUGCCCUCCCUCUGCAGCCACUGAAGCAGGGGGGCAUAUAGACGUACGCAUGUCUGCCUGACAAGCCCUUCUUUCGUCAUGUGCAUUUGAAAUUGCAGAUGACUAAAGAAGAUCAGGAUUCAGGUGUAAGUUUAUGAACUUAAAAGGUAAAACACAAAAUGCUUUUCUUAAUAUGCUCAGAAUCAGUUCCUCAUUAUAUGGGAGGAGCAAUUUUUACAACAAAUGUGUUAAAGUACACAAAGUAUUAACCCAGCUGAUUUUAAAAGUCCUGGCAGAACUUCUGUCAAUGUUUAUUCGCCCAUACAUUGGCUGCACAGAACAGACUUUAAUUAUUAGCCAUUUAUUGCAGAGGAUUCUCCAAAUGGGUAAAAGGAGACGUAAAAUAAAAUGCUCUUAUCUGAGUAGAUGCUUAAGUAACAGCUAAAUUAAAUCUUUGCAUUAAUAGUAUUCAUAGAAAGGCAGAUGGGAGCAGAAAAUGUUGCGAUGAAGAAUAUGGAAUGAGAUGAGAUCACAGCAUCAGUCUGUCCUUUGUAGAUCUGGACAAUGAUCACAGAGCCAGAUUGGAUUAGUGAAACCUAUUUACCAGAAGUUCAGAGCGGUUGCAUGAAGCAGAAAGGCAGUCAGUAAGGAGAGGUGGAAAAUGCACCAGAUUUACAGCUGCAGCGACGAGAAUUUAGAAGUUUUCACCACUGUGAUUUCAUCCAAAUCAUGUAGUCCUGCCCGAAGUCGAGCCAAAAGUACGCAGCACAUCCUAACAAAGAGUGUGGUAGCCAUAUCCAACCACCGGCCCCACAGGACCGAGAAGCUGCAUCCUCACCAGGGUGACCUCCUCCAGGUGCUGUACAACAGAGAAGAGGUGCAGGGCUUGGGCUGCCUGCAGAGCCAGCAGCGGGGACCCUGCCCUGCCAAGGGUGCUGCCCAGCACGUGGGAAUUACUGAACGAGACUCAUCCAAGUCCUGUAAUCACCCAUUGGAUGGAAAAUCUUUGAUUCCACCAUCUCCAGUUGCCCACAUCACUGUGAAAGCAGUGGCUGUCACAGAUUCACCCACAGGCAACAGCACUUCCAUGGAAGAUCACCAGCAGCACUGGAGGAAGGCAGCAGAGUACGACCUGACCCUGCCCGCAGGAGCAGAAGCUUCCCUACCACUGACAGGAGGCAACUUGUGCGGGACGCCCAGCCUCCUGAGGAAGAUGUGGAUGAAGCACAAGAAGAAGUCAGAGUACCUAGGGGCAACAAACAGUGCCUUUGAGGCAGACUGACAAGGCUCAGCAUCACUUGGAAGGAUGGACGGUCCUUUAGCCAAGGACAAGGUGCUCUAAGAUCAAUGAAGGAACAGACACAGCACAACUCAUCCAGAAAAACUAUAUCCUUUUUAUUACUUGAUGCCAUUGCCUCUGAACAGUGGGAGGAAGUCCAGCUAAGGUAAAAAUGAUGAACAUGAUUCAACUCACUGGCCUUUCUUUGUUGCAAUAUACUAAAAUCACAAAUAUCCCACUAGAUUUACAUCUUGACUCAAUGACGCUGAAACUACUCCCAGCCCAUUUACCAUUUUACAUGUCCUGUCUGAAUCAGCUUGGACUUGCAACAGGACAAGCCUACCAAUAGGUUUGUGUAUUCCUGCAAGGCAACAUACUGAUUACAGAGUGCCAUUGAAUACCCUCAGUCUGCUCGCUGUGUAGCACUUCUUGUCCUCU